AUGUAUGCGAUCGCAGUCGCCCUGUUCAUGAGCGUAUACUUCCUGGUCAUCCCAGUUGCAAAGUACUUCUACGACGCAAAAGGUCUUCGAAAAUACCCGAAUUUCUACACACUCUCCGGAAUCUCAGACCUCCCUUUCGUCUACGAAGCACACAAGGGCUUCCGCUCCCGCAACCUCUUCGAAGCACACAAGAAACACCCCGUUCUCCGGAUCGGUCCAAACGCACUCUCCUACUCGGACCCCAGCGCCAUCAAGGAUAUCUACGGCCAUGGGACAGCCUGUAUCAAGGAUCGCUUUUACUCCGAGACGGGUGGCUCACAUUCCCAUCUUGCAGAUGUCGUCGACAAGAAGGACCACGCCCGGAAGAGGAAGGUGCUGUCCAGUGCUUAUGCAGUCAAGAAUCUCGAAGAAUGGGAGUUCAAGGUUGCGGAAGUGAGUGGGAAACUCAUCAAGGCUUUCGAUAAGCGUUGUACGGCACCCUUGCCACCGAAUUCGUUGCCGAGGAAGGAGGAUUUGACUAUCGACUACCGCGAGUGGACUGUUCUCUUUGCUGCGGCUGCUAUUGCGAAUAUCGGGUUGAGUGAAGAUCUCGGUUUUCUGAACGAGGGUUCUGACGUCGUCAAGUCCGAGAGCAAGGAUGGGACAGUGAAGGAGGUUUCAUUCCGCGAAUGCCACGCUGCCACAGGCCGAGUCUCGUACCAACUCGUCUGGGCCUAUGACUGGUUCAAAACAUUCAAACGUAUCAGCAAGAUGGUAUCGUCCAGCUACCGGAAAAUGUGGAAGUUGGACGGCGACUGGGGCGGAAUCAUCUAUAACCGCGCCACAACCCGAUUGAACCGGUACCUGGCCGGCGAGAAAUUGGACGACUUCUUCACGGCCAUGAUGGAGGAUAAGAACGAAUCACCGCAUAAUCUGGAAUGGGGCGAGAUCGUCGCCGAGAUCAAUAUCAUGAUGAAUGCGGGCCACGAUACGACAGCCAUCUCCCUGCGAAACGUGAUGUUCUUCCUACUGAAGAACCCCCACUGCCUCACGAGACUCCGGGGCGAACUCGACGAGGUCCUUGAGACCGAUGAAGUCGUCGCGCCGUACGGGAAGGUUAAGCACCUCCCCUACCUCCGUGCUUGUAUUGACGAAAGCCUCCGCAUGAUGCCGCCUGUUAUCUUCGGGCUGCCGAGACGCACGCCAGUGGAAGGAAUGCCUAUCUUGGAUGACUUUGUGGCUGGUGAUACCUCGGUCAGCAUGUCGGCGUACGUGGUUCAUCAUCAGGAGUCUAUUUUCAAGGAUCAUGAUACCUAUAAGCCGGAGCGGUGGCUUGGUGAGGAUGGGAAGGCGCUGCAGCCGUUUUUUUUACCCUUCAGUACUGGGGCGAGAGGCUGCAUUGGUCGGAAUAUCAGUUAUCUGGAGCAGACGGUUUUGGUGGCUUCGUUGGUUCAUCGAUUUGAAUUUGCUUUGCCAGGCCCAGAUUGGGAUCCACCUGUUAGAGAAACGACUAAUUUGAGUCCCGGGCCGAUGCCGGCUAAGGUGUGGAGGAGAGUUAUUGCUUAG